AGUUUAGCGACUAUGUCUGUGUAGGAUCUUUACUGGAACGAUCUAUUUCACCUCCCAUUCCAGCCAUGCUAACCCUCUACGUUUCAAUCUUCUUGCUGCUUCCCUGGACAGUCUUAUCGGAGUCACAGCUUCCGGUUGCGAAAUGUCAGUAUCCUCUUCCUAGUUCUCCGGGCCUCAACAUAUCAGCGGUGGUCGGAGAUACAUUUAAGUACAUCUACACACCCAAUUCAAUGUUGUUCAAGGCCGUGGACAGUAUCACCAUGAUGAUUAAGAGGGUUCCAAAUAUGGAUAACGUAUACUCAGAGAUCUUAAAGGCUCGAUCAGUAUUUGGGACACAAACAAAGAUGAACUUCAACGUCACAGACUUGGGAAAUGGAAUUCUAAAAAAGAUAACAAAAGCGGGAGAAAAGUCCUACCUUGCAUCCAUCGUUGGUAUGAAAGGCGACAUUUGUUUGUUGUACGUGUGCAGCGAUCAAGGAGAAGACAAAGGAGAUGAUCUGCGAUAUGUGAUAGCACGGCCUUGGGUAGACCCUGCCAUGGUGAAACACCCGGAUGUACUGUUCCGGUCAAUCAACCUCAAGUACAAUUUUAGGGGAAAGUUCCGGAAACUGCCCCAGAGGUGGUUAAGUAAACUGCUGUCCAAGAAGAAAACGGAGCCAUCUGUUACUUCAGUUUGAGCAAAAACAAUUUGUUGACACAUUUCAAUGUGUUUUUAAUUGAAUAACUCAGGAAAUAACUUUGAAAUAUAUCUUUUGCUACA